GCGACAGCCGUUGGUAAAUAAAGCAAAUUGCUGUCAACGACGUUUGAUGAAAUUAAAGUGGAACAAAUUGGUCAUAAUCCGCAAGCCGACCACUGCCUCAGUAGAUAAGAUGAAGCGGGGAGGUUACUUAAGGCAAAAGACGGGGGUUGUGGUUCUUGCAGAGCCUGCAGGUAGUCUCUGGCACCCAGUGGACGGCUGCAAGAUGGGAUAUCAAGCUUCCCACAGUUCCUAAGUUAUCGCCAGAGCUGCCUUUUAAAAGAAACUCCUGGCUAAAUGGACUCAUGACAAGGUUUUGAAGUUGUGGAAGUAUAAAGACUGCUAGGUAUGGAGUCAUAUCAGAGUGUUCCUGAUCUCAAAACACCUGUGUUGUCGUUUGGGAUGGACAGAAUUCUUGCUGACGAGCAACCAGCUUCAAACACAGACCUACAGGUACCUGGAACCAUUGUCCCCAAAACGAACAGAGAAAAGGGCGCCUCCCGUCCCAGACACAGGACGAACUUCACCACGUGGCAGAUCUCGCAGCUGGAGCGAGCAUUCCUCGUCACCCACUACCCGGAUGUCUACACCCGGGAAGCCCUGGCCUACAGGCUGCAGCUCACAGAGGCCAGAGUGCAGGUCUGGUUUCAAAACCGCCGGGCCAAGUGGCGCAAAAUGACAAAGCGGGGUCAGGUGUCCUCCGUCUCCUCCUCACCUCUCUACACAUCGGCAAGAACUGCUGACCAGGAUGGCAAGAACGCUCCCUCCUCUACCCUCCUGCCUCUGUCUACAGCCUUCUUCAGCAGCUUCACCAGCGGCAUUUCCGCAGGACUGCGCGACACCUGCCGGGCGCUGCUGCCAUGUCCUUCCUUUCCCUUCUCAGGUAAUCCCGUCUGCUGCUCGUCGCUGGUCUGCCAGUGUGACCUCCCCUCCACGGUGCCCUCCGUGCCUCGGUUGCCUGGUAACCUGAAGUUGUCUCAACAUUCACGUAGACUACUGGGGGAGCUGGACCUUAGGGUGCAAGACAAACAUGGCUACUGCUGCUAUUUCAGGGGAGGUCCCAACACUUGUCUGCCUGUCUUCGCUCCCCUUAAGUAAAUAUCCGUUUUUCAAAACAAACAAAAAAUCAUGAAUGUCUUUCAAUGAUUUUAAAUAAAGA